AUGGCUUAUUAUACAAUAGCUCAUGUAUUACAAGCACGAGAUUCAUUUAAUGGAAAACAAUUAGGUUCAGCAAAUAUUCAUCCAUCACAAUUAGCAAAUGAAGUAUGGGAUUAUAUAUUUUUUCCAGAAAAAUCUUAUCCAUUAUCAUCAACUGAUAUAUCUCAUUCAACACUUGAUCAUCUUCGAAAUGAAUUUCAAUAUUGGUAUCCAAUUAAUUUACAUUCAAGUGAAAAAGAUUUAAUAUCAAAUCAUCUUAUUUAUUCAUUAUGUAAUCAUAUAGUCAUAUGGCCAAAUCAUUCAGAAUAUUGGCCACGUUCAUUUCGAAAUUUUAUAACAUUAUUAGAAGCUAUUGAGAAAUUUUCAGCUGAUGGUAUACGUUUAGUAUUAGCUACCCAUGUUGUGAAUACCGGAUCAUUUUUUCCGGUAAACCGCGGUAUUUGUCUUUCCUCCGGUAAAUUACACUAA